GCGGUUUCCACAACACCUGAUCCACCAUGGCUGAUGACCUGGACUUCGAGACCGGCGAUGCCGGCGCCUCCGCCACUUUCCCCAUGCAGUGCUCCGCCCUCCGGAAGAACGGCUUCGUGGUGCUCAAGGGACGUCCGUGCAAGAUUGUGGAGAUGUCCACUUCGAAGACGGGCAAGCACGGCCACGCCAAAGUGCAUCUCGUCGGCAUAGACAUCUUCACUGGGAAAAAAUACGAAGAUAUCUGCCCUUCCACUCACAACAUGGACGUGCCCAACAUCAAGAGAAAUGACUUCCAGCUCAUUGGGAUCCAGGAUGGGUACCUUUCUCUGCUCCAGGACAGCGGGGAUGUCCGGGAGGAUCUGCGUCUCCCUGAGGGAGACCUGGGCAAGGAGAUCGAACAGAAAUAUGACAGCGGAGAAGAAAUCCUGGUAAGAGUCCCCGGGAUAGCCGGACUCCCUCAGCGACCCUACGACUCGCUUAACGACGGCCGCGGUGCCCUUAAAAACGGCGGCCAUAAAGUGGGCCUAGAAACUCCCCAAUGUCUCCUCCCAUAG